CUUUUUAGAUAACUACAACUUCUCGACAUUUUGCAAAACAGACUCCGAAAAAACAUCCUCGAAGCAAAAAUCGACCGAUAACAUCGAGCAACAUGAAACUCCAGGAACUAUUCAGAAGCCGCGAAAGCAAACACAACAAAGCUCACAGCGACCUUCCCGGUUACGAGGAGAAGAUCGAUACCAACCCAGUUUUAAAUACCAUGUCAGACUUUCCUCUUACAGGUAUCAAAGCUGGCGACACUCCAAAGUGGAAGUGGACACCUACACAAUGCCAAGAGUGGCUCAGGGCUGUGUUUAUACAAGAGUUUGGAGAAUCACCCGAUCAGGCUACAAAAAUGGCGAAAAGAAUUGGAGGGUCAGGGCCCAGUAUUUACAUGAGGCACCGCUAUGAAAGGAUUAGUCUCUUGGGAGAAGGCAGAGGAAUAUCGUUGUAUGCGAUUAUCCUCAUGAAGAGAAAUAGGAUAGGCGCCGUACCUUUCAGCUUGAUACUGAAUCAUUGAUACAUGAGGACGAGCUCUAUCACAUUGGACUCUUACGUUCUGAGAUAAAAUACCAGAUCACUCAUCGAAAGCAAUACGAUAGAAAAACAUUUACCGGAGCAGAGAAUACCAAAAGAUUAG